AUGUCAUUUGUUGUUAGUGGAAUUAGCCAGUUUCUGCAAUCACCUUGUGAUAGUCACUGGAAUACAGUUCGCAUUCUGCGAUAUAUCAAAAUCUCUCUAGGACAAGGUUUAUUGUAUGAAGACAAGAGACACACCCACAUUGUUGGGUAUUCUGAUGCAGAUUGGGCAAGAUCUCCUUCUGAUAGGCAGUUCACUUCAGAUUAUUGUGUUCUAAUUCGAGGCAAUCUAAUAUCCUGGAAAAGUAAAAAGCAAGAUGUUGUGGCUAGAUCAAACGCAGAGGCGGAGUGUCGAGCUAUGGCAUUGGCUACAUGUGAGCUUAUAUGGUUCAGACAAGUUCUCCAAGAAUUGAAGAUGAGGGAAGUUGAACCGAUGAAAUUGAUUUGUGAUGAUCAAGUUGCACUACAUAGCGCUUCUAAUGUUGUGUUUUAUGAAAGAAUGAAGCACAUUGAGAUAGAUUGUCACUUUAUUUGA